UUUUUCAGAAAUUCAGGUGUUAUUUUACAAAUCUAAUUUUCUCAUCUUAAUUUUGAAGUUUCCUAUCAGAUCGUUUUGUUUUGCAAUCUGAAAAUUGCAUCCAUCUAUCUCCCAAAAAUUUUCCAUCAUUUUCCCUGACUUUCCCCCUGGUUUUCUCUCUGCCCAAUCACAUCCAACCCUCUCUCUCUCUCUCUCUCUCUCUCUCUCUCUCCGUCUCUUAGAACGAAACGAAAAGGGACGUCUAAGUCAAAAAAAAGAAAAAAAAGAAAAAAGAAUCUAGGGUUUUCUAUCACUCUCACAGCUUCAAAAAAAAAAAAAAAAAAAAAAAAACUGACAUUUCUUAAAUCCACAUUAGAAAUUGUGAGGAAAAAAAAAAAAAAAAGGAAUUUGGAGUAUUAAACCUUUUUGAGCUUUGCGAUUUCAAAUCUAGGUUCGGUGAUCUGUUAUAUGUGUUUCGAUGAGUAUGGAAAUCGUGAGCGAUGCAGCGUCGUUCGAAGCCGAGUUCUUGCAACUUAACGAGGUGUCUCCUUUUGCACUCAAAUCGAAUCCGAUUUUCGUGGAGACCCUCUUUGACAACUGGCUUUCUCUUCCUGAUACUAAUCGUCUGGUAACAUCAUUGCUUAAUGAAGCAAAGGCAGGUCUUCCUUUAAAUGUCCCUGGAAACUCUUCUAGUCCGCAUGCCAAUGCAGGCAAUUCGUUGCCUUCCAUGUUUCCUGCUGGCAGUGCACCUCCACUUUCACCGAGAAGUACAUCUGGCUCCCCCCGCGUAAUGAAACAGAGGGGGCCAGGACCUUCUAAUUUAGGUUCUCCCUUGAAAGUAGUUAGUGAGCCAGUUAAAGAAUUGAUACCCCAGUUUUAUUUCCAAAGUGGUCGUCCUCCUCCAAAGGAGCUUAAGGAACAGAUUCUGUUUAGAGUCGAUCAGUUUUUCUAUGGCCAUGAGAAUGGACUACAGAUAAAUGAUUUUAAAUCAGUAACUAAGGAAGUUUGCAAGCUGCCAUCAUUCUUCUCUACAGCUCUUUUCAGAAAGAUUGAUGUUAGUGGCAAGGGAUUUGUGUCAAGGGAUGCAUUUGUUGAUUAUUGGAUCAAUGGAAACAUGUUGACAAUGGAUAUUGCAACCCAAAUUUAUGCUAUUUUGAAGCAACCAGAUCUCAAAUACCUUACUCAGGAUGACUUUAAACCUGUGCUUCGAGAGCUAUUGGCCACUCAUGCUGGGUUGGAGUUUUUACAGAGCACCCCUGAGUUUCAGGACAGAUAUGCUGAAACUGUAAUAUACCGAAUAUUUUACUAUGUAAAUAGAGCUGGGAAUGGUCAUCUUACUCUCAGGGAGUUGAAACGUGGAAACCUAAUUGAUGCAAUGCAACAUGCAGAUGAAGAAGAGGACAUCAACAAAGUUUUGAGGUACUUCUCUUAUGAACAUUUUUAUGUAAUAUACUGCAAGUUUUGGGAGCUGGAUACAGAUCACGAUUUCUUGAUCGACAAAGAGAACCUUAUCAGAUAUGGUAACCAUGCUCUUACCUACCGGAUUGUCGAUAGAAUAUUUACUCAGGUCCCAAGAAAGUUUACUAGUAAGGUUGAAGGAAAGAUGGGAUAUGAAGACUUUGUGUACUUCAUACUGUCAGAGGAGGAUAAAUCAUCGGAGCCUAGUCUUGAGUACUGGUUCAAGUGCAUAGAUUUGGAUGGAAAUGGAGUAUUAACACGGAAUGAACUUCAAUUCUUUUAUGAGGAGCAAUUGCAUCGAAUGGAAUGCAUGGCUCAAGAGCCUGUUCUCUUUGAGGAUAUAUUGUGCCAGAUAAUUGACAUGAUUGGACCAGAGAACGAGAGUUAUAUCACCCUUCGUGACCUGAAAGGCUGCAAACUUUCAGGAAGUGUAUUCAAUAUUCUUUUCAACCUUAAUAAGUUUAUGGCCUUUGAAACUCGUGAUCCAUUUCUCAUCCGUCAGGAACGUGAAAAUCCAACCUUGACUGAGUGGGACCGCUUUGCACAUAGAGAAUAUAUCAGGCUCUCAAUGGAAGAAGAUGUAGAAGAUGCCUCCAAUGGCAGUGCAGAAGUUUGGGAUGAAUCACUCGAGGCUCCGUUCUAGGUUCCAUCAGAGCGCUGAUAAGAAAGUUUCAAAUUCUUCUUUAAACUGGCUGUCAGAAAACUGUCAACUCAUAGGAUCAAAUAUUGAAGAGCUGUUGUAGUGUGGACACCUACAACCCUGUGGAAGGGGGGAAUGUUUGAGCUUGGAGUAUGGAAGAUAUCAUGUGGCAAGCAGUAAUAAUAUUGAGGUGGCUGUGUGCGUGAAUUGAGAAAUGAUGAGUGACGAUGGAAGACCCCUUACAUCCUAUGAGUUGCUCAAGGAUUUGCUAUCUGCAGGCAAGUGAUUAAACAGAACCAGCUUAAAGUAUUUAAGAACAUUCAACACCCUUCCCCACACCCCUUCUCUACUUUUGUUAACUUGUAGUUGUAAGUUAUCAAUUAUAUCCAUUUUUUUUCCCCGGAAAAUUGUUUUUAAGCUAGAUAUUUUCAUUUGUAAGAUUUGUUGGGUGGUUUCAGAUAUUUCUUUUGCCAAGCAAUUUUGGGUUAGAUUUUGUUUAUUAUCAAUUGAUUAUCCAAGUUGAAUAUUUCCAUGUUGUUUA